UUCUGCAGAUGGAGGAGACCAUGUCCCCAGCUCCUGCCACCACUGCAGAGGAGGCCAUGUUGACCUCUGCAGACGCAGCUGAGGGCACGGGGUCACGCCGGGCAUCGUCAGGGGAGACCAGGGAGACCAGAGGAUCCAUUCCCAUGGCAGCAGCCGGGAGAGAGGAGACGGGGGCAGAGGUCGAACCCUGGGUUGCAUCUGUCCCACCGGAAUGGGUGCCCAUCAUCAGGCAUGACCUUCUGUCCCAGAGGAAGAUGAAGGCGCAGCCUCCUUUGUCCGAUGCCUACCUUCAUGGCAUGCCAGCCAAGAGAAGGAAGACGGCCCAGGGUGAUGGCCCCCACCUCUCCCUGUCUGAUGCGGUGAGCCGCGCCGCCCGGGCUGCAGGUGUGAGGCCCGUCACCACUCCAGAGAGCCUGCAGGGGGAGCUAGAGGCUCCAGAGUUGCAGCAAGCCUACAGUGAACAGGUAAAGGGUGAUGUCAAGAAGCGCCUGAGUGAUGAUCCAGAAUACAGCACCCAGCGCUUCCCCAACACGCACCGGGCUUUCUCCGAGGACUCCUAAUCCCACUGGCCGCUUUACCUGUCAGUCUCAUCUUUCCAUCCAGACAUCUAUAAACUUCCGAGCAGGUAGACGUCCAGGAGAUGGUGGAAGAGGAAACUUCUGCUUGGACAGUGAAGGCUUCAUCUUCCAAAGCCCCAUGCUUCAGCACCCUUCAGAUGUGCUGAAUGUGUUUUCACUGGUCAUGGCUUGAAAAUCUGUUCUCCUCCAUACACUUACUGCUGUCAGUCAGGUCCAUCAACCACACAUAGUCACACAUCAGUUACAAUAGUAAUGCUUUCACCUGUGGACUACAUAUCACUACUAGCUAAAGUCUUCUGUGGACAACAUCUUGCUUAGCGACACACGCUCUCAGCUGUGGACGAGACCUGACCUAGCACAACCGGCGCAGUCCUCCCCUUUAGACAGCGCUCGGCUCACCCUGAGGCUUGCUUGUUAAUUUCCUAAGUUGUAAUGUUAAGUUGUACAUUGUUGUAAUAAGUUAUUGAGGUGUUGAUGAUAAAUUAACGGGAAUAAUGAGGUAGGGGUCGCUAAGACGUUAAUGAGGUUAAUUAAUGACAUGAUGCCACGUAAAUGACCUUGUUUAGUCAUUUUGAGGCUGAAACCUAUUUCUGAUUCAUCCAUUUUAGUCCAAUUUGGUCCUAUGGGUAAGACCUCCCUGUUGCUGUACAGCAGUUUCAUGAGGUGGGCCUGUGACUUUUAAGAGUAACAAUUUAGCUGUUCGUGUGAAGUACAAUUACUGUCUUCCUGCUGGUUGUUAUAGGGUGAAUUCAAAACAACCUUCUGAAGAUGUUUUAGCUGUUAAAGAAUAAAAUUACCCACCUUGAUUAGUUUGGACGGAUCCUCUGCUUUUCUCUAUUCUUGUCUGAAUGCUAUAGUCACACCCGCCACGCUCUUUACAAAGCUGUGUUUUGAAUAUCUGCAAUAAAGAAAUGUAAGUCUU